CGCUCGUGGCAGCAGCCCUGCAGAGCCAGAGCCGUUUGGGAGGCGUAGUGGAGCAAAGGCAAAAGGGGAGCGGGGUAAAUGAAAACAUUUUACCUGGCCCUUUUUCGUGGGAUUUAGCAGCCAGCGAAAAUCGCCUGUCGCCACCCAGGGCAAUGUUCCGGAGGCAUUUUUGAUCUGUCGUCGAGGUAACCUUUCAUAAGAGGCUCCUUGCCCAAGUGAAGGAGAUUGUGGGCUUUGGAGCUUUUGCUCUCCCUCUGAGACGCCGACUGUCUUCCUCUGUCCAGCAUGACGGACGUGGUGAUCGUGAAGGAGGGAUGGCUCCACAAACGAGGAGAGUACAUAAAGACGUGGAGGCCGCGGUAUUUCUUGCUGAAGAAGGACGGUACGUUUAUUGGUUAUAAAGAGCGGCCUCAGGACGUGGACCAGCUAGAGACACCGCUCAAUAACUUCUCUGUGGCACAAUGUCAGCUGAUGAAGACGGAGAGGCCGAAGCCCAACACAUUCAUCAUCCGCUGCCUCCAGUGGACCACUGUUAUUGAGCGCACGUUCCACGUGGAGACCCCAGAGGAACGGGAGGAAUGGACUAAAGCUAUCCAGGCUGUGGCUGACAGUCUGCAGAAACAGGAAGAGGAGAUGAUGGACUCUUCUCCUGAGCCCAUGGACAUGGAGAUGUAUCUAACCAAACCUCGGCACAAAGUGACUAUGCAUGACUUUGAAUACCUCAAACUCCUUGGGAAAGGCACUUUUGGCAAAGUCAUCCUGGUGAAGGAGAAGGCCACAGGAAAAUAUUAUGCCAUGAAAAUCCUUAAGAAGGAAGUAAUAGUAGCAAAGGAUGAAGUGGCUCACACACUUACUGAAAACCGCGUCCUCCAGAAUUCUAAGCACCCUUUCUUGACGGGGCUGAAAUACUCGUUCCAAACACACGAUCGCUUGUGCUUCGUCAUGGAGUACGCAAACGGAGGAGAGCUUUUCUUCCACUUGUCACGGGACCGGGUAUUCUCUGAAGACCGGGCACGCUUCUAUGGAGCAGAAAUCGUCUCUGCACUGGACUAUCUGCACUUGGAGAGGAACGUUGUUUACCGCGACCUGAAGCUGGAAAAUCUGAUGCUGGACAAAGAUGGCCACAUAAAGAUCACCGACUUUGGGCUUUGUAAAGAGGGCAUAACGGACGGAGCCACUAUGAAGACCUUCUGCGGCACACCAGAGUAUCUGGCUCCUGAGGUACUGGAGGAUAACGAUUAUGGCCGUGCUGUAGACUGGUGGGGCCUGGGCGUGGUUAUGUACGAGAUGAUGUGUGGCCGCCUGCCCUUCUAUAACCAGGACCACGAGCGCCUGUUUGAGCUCAUCCUAAUGGAGGACAUCCGCUUUCCCCGUACACUCGCCCCUGAGGCUAAAUCGCUGCUCUCGGGCCUUCUCAAGAAAGAUCCCAAACAGCGGUUAGGAGGUGGGCCUGACGACGCAAAAGAAAUCAUGCGGCACAAGUUUUUCGCUGGAAUCGUGUGGCAAGAUGUUUAUGAGAAAAAGCUGAUACCUCCGUUCAAGCCCCAGGUUACCUCAGAAACAGAUACGAGAUAUUUUGAUGAGGAAUUCACUGCACAGACCAUCACUAUCACACCACCGGGAGAAGAUGAAAACAUGGAGCCGUUCGACAGCGAGAGGAGACCCCACUUUCCCAAGUUCUCCUACUCAGCCAGUGGAACCUGUUAGACACCCCAUUCCCAUAUCAGCCUCCACGCCACUGAGUCCAGCACCCUCUGCUGGGUACUUCGGGUAGCUGAUGCUCUUUUGCACCACUGAUGAACGUCACAUUUCCCCCUAUAUUCACAACCUGGCCUAAGUGUACAGGCAAGCCUUCUCCUGGAUUAUAUCCGCUUCAGAUUAGGAUCGCUUUACAUUUCAUAUUAUUGUGAACGAUAAAACAUCAACCUUCCAACUAUUAUUAUUUUCCGUCAUGAACUUCUACCACCUGAAGAUUUUUAUUUUAAUACAUCAGCUCACAGGUUUUCUAGCACUUCAUAAACAGUCAGAUAUUUACAGAAGAUUUGAUGAAAUGCCAAAUAUACUUGUUUUACUUGUAUUUAAAAAAAUAAUAAGAAGAAGACGACCAAUCGUUCGGACCAACUGAAAUGUUUGUACGUUUUUAUACACUGAAAGACUGAAUUCAAGAAAACGUUUUGGAAAAAGUGUAACGCAGCAUUUCAAUUAAGCAGAACUUUGCCUAGCCUGUAUUAAUAUCAGUUCACUUCUAGAUGUAUGGACUGAAAUUGCUUUCCACCCCUUAACCACACACCCCAACACCCCCACCGCAGCCCCGGCUUUAGGCUACAAUUCCAGCCUGCGUUUAUAAUCAUUUGUACUAAAUGUGCAAUACUGUAGCAUAAUAAUAGAUUGAUUCUAGUACAGUGGUCAAGUUUGAAUCGAAGCCAAUUCAGUCUUUAGGAACUGAUUUCCUUUUUUUUUUCUUUCAGUCCUCAAAGCAGUCAGGAGUUCUCAUUUUAAUAACUUUAACAAAAAAAAUGCACCGAUACAUCAAACUAUUCAGGAUUGAACGUUAUCCCACAGGCCGUGCGCUUUACAAUAAUCUUGUCUGGGUACUUUUCUUCCAUUCUGCAUUGUCUUUCUUUUUCCUACUUCCUGUUUUUGGUUGUUUUCUGUAUUAAGUGCAUUUUUGCAGUGCACAUUGCACAGCCUCAGUGAGGUACUACAGGUAGAACUACUCUAACAACUUUAAGGACUUUCUUACAAACUUUGGCUUUGAAACCAAGGGACCCGAGUGGCAGAACCAGCUUGCGACCUUUUGGACUGUUUUUUUUUUUUUUUUACACCUGGAUGUGUUCGAUAUUUAUAUAUUAAAAACCAGCAGAUAGACUCUUCUCUGCUUCAGAUGUUGUAACGUUUGUACAUUUCGGCAUUACUCAUAUCAUAGAGGAGCUACAUGUAAAACCAAACAUGCAAAGUUGGCCGUGUUUACAAACUAAAGGCGUGGAGAGAAUUUGAGCUUGUUUAUUUGAUCGAUGAGUUCGAGGCAUUUCCAGUAACACACUCGCCCACGAUUUUAUGGUUUAUGGUUUUACCAGCUUUGGCACUUAAAAUGCUGAUUUAGAAAGAAUGAAAUAAGCUCCAGUGAUACAUGGAUAUGAGUGUAAUUUAAUUUGAUUUAUGAAGUCUGUAACAAUGAAAGAAAAACAAAACCUUACUGUACCUGAAGCUCCUUUAUGCUUGAAGGUGACACAAACAUCUGUCUAUUAAUCUAUUGCAAGGUGUAAAUACCAUGAAAUUGUUUUCAGAUACAAUCCAGUACAGUGCAUGUACAGAUACUGAAAUGAGACUUGUACAGUUAGAGAAUCUGUUAAGCUAAGGUCCAUGAACAUGUUUUUUUGAAAGUGACUUCUUUUCGAAUCGUCACUCUAUUUAAGUGCAUUACUCUGAUCAGUGUUCAGAUUUCAUGUAGUAAUCAUCAGGCUAAACUCCAACAUGGGUAAAUGAAUGUAAAUGCUUUUUUUCCCCUCUCUGUCUUUCUGUUUGAAGAAGCGAUAAGUAAACUUUGUUGCAUAUAAUUGGUCUCCAUGCCAAAUACUGAGCAGGUGACCAGACAAAAGAAAAGAAUGAAGCGUGUUUGUUUAUUUCAACCUUCUAACAUUCCACAUUGUGUAUUACGUAUAAAUCUUCAUAUUGUUUCUUUAAGACCCAAUUGUUACACAUGCAUAUGUUUUCUCAUACUUUUUUUUUUUUUAUUUGAAAUGGGGAGAUAUUUUGCUUUUCAGCUGCCUUUCCUCUACUCUCUAAGACACAAACUUUAGUAUACGAAUAAUAUAAACUUUGUACGCACAUCUGUUUAUAUGGCUUCAAUUUUUUCUGUGGAAUUGAGCAAAUAAAAAAAAAAGUUUGGCUAAAA